AUGGCAACCAACUUCCCCCACUAUCUUCAUCACACUGUCCCCGCUCCAUCGCACCCGCUCAAAUUGCUUACAAACAAACCAUCAUCAUUCAUUUGCUUUCUUUCUUCUUCUUCCCCGUUUCAUCUCAACCAAAGGCAUCUUCUUUCCUGUCAAGAUCCUGAAUCAUCGGUUCGAUCUGAGAGGAAACUAGGGUUUGUUAAAUCUGUUGAGAUUUCUGAAAAAGGAUUCAUUCUUCUUCUGUUAGUACUCUAA